CUUCAGGAAGUAACUUUUCUCGCAGCUUUUUCUCGGGACAACAGCAUGGCACAGCGGGUGCUAUGGGAAAACCAACACCAUGUGGCCUUCCUGGACCCAGCCCCCAGUCUGAGGGGAGCCACUGUGGUCAUGUGUAAGGACCGAGAGGCCAGGGACCUGUGGACACUGGCUGAGGAACAGUUUGGAGAAUUAAUGCUAGCAACCAGACAGGUACAGAAUGGUAGCCCAGCAUGUUACAGCAAAGCUGAAGGUAGGACGUUGUGCCAUGGUGGCUGACAGUAAGGUCAGAGGUGGUGCCCACACCCUGGUCCUGCCCCUGGACAGCCUGGGUAACAAGUGGGCUCCUGUACUGGCCAAGGAGACAGAGUUUAACACCGUUUACCCAGGAUACAUCACGACCAAGAGCGGUCCUCGUGCUGAAGACUCCGCACUUGACGUCAUCCAGUCCCGCAUCCUACAAGCCAAUCAACCCAACUUCUUGGGCAAUGAUGAAGCAAGUCAAAGUAAUCCCAAGCUUUCCCCUGAUAUGACAUUCUACGGAGAGGCAUCCGAUGACAACCUGUUUGCUCGCAUUGUUCGGGGAGAGCUGCAACAGUGGCGCAUCUGGGAGGACAGGGACCAUGUAGCCUUCCUCACACCUUUCCCCAACACACCUGGCUACACUGUGGUCGUCCCACGAGCACACCUGUCCAGUGACAUCCUCAGCCUCCCUACUGACGCUUACAUUAGACUUCUCCAGUGUGCCAGAACUGUGGGGCUAUUAAUACAGAAGGGACUGAACACCGAGGGGUUUGCCAUCGUAUGUGAGGGGAUGGAAAUAGAUUAUGCCCAUGUAAAAGUCAUACCAGUACAUACGACUACUGCUUCUACAGAGCCACUAGAGCCUGAGUACAUGGAGACAUAUGUUGGUUUUUUGACCUCCAGGCCUGGGCCCCCUGCAUCUGUAGACUAUCUGGACAAGAUAGAAUUACUUUUGAAAAUGCAGUGAACAUAGACCUCAAUGGAUAACCUCCUUCAACAUUUAUCUGCUGGGUUACAUAUAACAUUAUAUGCUACUACGAGAAACAGUAUGUUUGAGAGAUUUCCAAUGCAGCACCCCUCAGUUAUGCCUAGUUUUGAGCUUUUGAUAUGCA